GGGUUGGAGUUUGCUCGGGCAGAUUCAUGAGCAGGAAUGCUGAGCUGCAUUCAACUUUGAGCCGUUGACCAGCACACAGCAGGGCCUGCUUCUCACAGCCAUGUCUCUUGUCAUAUACAUUCUGCAGCUGUGUUUAGCUGUUUUGUUUUUGCCUCUUCAUUUUCUGAGUUUUCUUGGAAUCUGGAAUGUGAUUUCUAGGAAAAUAUUCCCUUAUAUUUUAGCACCGUCCAUGAGAAGCUACAACAAAUUAAUGGAUUCAACAAAAAAGGAUCUUUUCAGCAACCUCAGUGAUUUUGCAAGUAACUCCAAGGACUUCAGGCUUCUAGAGAUUGGAUGUGGCAGUGGUUCCAAUUUUAAAUUCUACCCAAGUAAUUGCAAGGUAACCUGUCUGGAUGUCAACCCGAAUUUUGAGAAGUUUGUGAGUAAAAGCCAAGCAGAAAACAACCAUCUGAAGUUUGAGAGGUUUUUGGUGGCCUCUGCAGACAACAUGAAGCAGGUUGCUGAUGACUCCCAAGAUGUGGUGGUCUGCACCCUGGUAGCAUGUUCCGUGCCCAACACACCCAAGGUGCUGGAAGAAGUGUGGAGAGUUCUUAAGCCGGGAGGAGCUUUCUUCUUUCUGGAACACGUGGCUUCCUCGGAUGAAGCUAGCUGGCUUUGUUUCUUUCAGAAAAUUCUAAAUCCCACAUGGAAACUUGUUUUUGAUGGCUGUGAUUUAAGAAAAUUCACCUGGCAGGAACUAGAAAAUGCUAAAUUCUCUACAGUGAAACUACGCCAUAUUCAGGCACGCACUAUUAUAAAGCCCGUAAUCCCCCACAUUGUUGGAUAUGCUGUAAAAUAAACAAGACAAGCCAGCAAGAAAGAAAACUGUAACAUUAGUUUGACUCGAACUACAGAAGACACACUCCCUCAUGUAUAAUUUCUUGCAAACAUUUCAAGAUCCUUUUACAAUUGUUACAUUUUGCUAAAUUUGAAAUUGAUAAUUGUAAAUGUUUUCCACAUGUUUUUUAUUAUUAAAAAAGACAUGCCUUAACUGAAAUCUGUUAUAUUUGAAAUAAAGUGAAUUUAUGAUUUCUA